AAAUCUACCCUUCUUCUCAGAGAAUAUCAACCUUCGGAAGAUACACCAUUUUAACACCCACACCACUUCACCUCCCUGUCUCUUUGUCUCUACCUUCUCUGUUCUUGCUGGAAAGGGAGAGAGAUGAAUUUCAGAAUGCUAGAAUGUAACUAUGAAGAUUAUUCGUAUCUUAUUUUCCAUACACUAUUGUGAUUAUACAUCUUUCUAUCGAUUACUUUUAAUUGGGAGUUCUUUGAAGCUAUCAUAAUCAAACAUGGGAGCUAACUCAAAAUCAUUAGAAAAUGUGAAGAAUGAAGAAGAAGAAAUGGAGGAGGAAUCGUCUCCAAGGGGUGUUUUGGAGACACCCACAUCAGGUUCGGACUCGGAUCAUAGCAGCAGCCUGGAGAGAAGCAGCAGCUUUGAUAACGAGCAAAAAGGAAUUUCAGGAGAACUAGGUUAUGGGUCACAAUGGAAGAAUUUGUUGGGUCAGAUAAAGAAGAGGACUUCAAUUAAGAAAUUUACAACAAUUCCAUUGUUGGGUGGAUAUGACCUUUCGAAGAAGAGUUGGAGAGGAAAAUUGGGGAGGAAUCGUAGUGCAGAAGACACUAUUGAUUGUGGAGGUUUUGUAGUCCCUAAGCCAUCUUGGAGAAAUUUUACCUACGAGGAACUCAAACAAGCUACUGAUAAUUUUAGUCCAGAUAAGUUACUGGGGAAAGGAGGACAUGCAGAAGUAUACAAAGGGUGCUUAUCUGAUGGUCAAAUUGUGGCUGUUAAGAAGAUAACGAAAAAAGAGAAGAACAACGAGGACAGAGUCGGGGACUUCUUGUCCGAGCUUGGGAUCAUUGCUCAUAUUGACCACCCGAACGCUGCAAGAUUAAUUGGUUUCAGUGCGGAUAAAGAUUUGCACCUUGUCCUCCAAUUUUCACCACAUGGCAGCCUUGCCACAGUUCUGCAUGGUUCCGAGAUGAUUCUAGAAUGGAAAAUAAGGUAUAAGUUGUUUACUGGGGUAGCUGAAGGAUUGCAGUAUCUUCAUUGUGACUGCCAAAGGCGCAUAGUUCACAGAGACAUAACGGCCUCAAACAUAUUACUCUCUGAAGAUUACGAAGCCCAGAUAUCUGAUUUUGGACUAGCAAAGUGGCUUCCGGAAAAAUGGGCUCAUCAUGUUGUUUACCCCAUUGAAGGCACUUUUGGAUAUAUGGCUCCAGAGUAUUUCAUGCAUGGAAUAGUUCAUGAGAAGACUGAUGUAUUUGCCUUCGGAGUUUUGCUAUUGGAGCUCAUAACAGGUCGUCGUGCAGUUGAUUCCUGUAGACAAAGCCUCGUGAUGUGGGCAAAACCACUUCUGGAGACGAACAACGUUAAAGAAUUGGCAGAUCCUAAAUUAGGAAACAAUUACGAUGUUAUAGAAAUGAAGCGUGCCGUGUUUACAGCUUCAACAUGCCUUCAUCACUUGCCUGACAUGCGUCCCAGUAUGAGGAAGGUUGUUCAGAUAUUGCGAGGUGAGAAUGAACCAUUAGACAUGAAACAAAAAUCCAUGGGAGGGAGAGCGUUGAUGCUAGAUUCCUGUGACUUGGACGAUUAUACUUCUACAACUUAUCUUAAGGACUUAAAUCGUCAUAUGGAACUAGUCAUGGAGUGAUCUUUCUCGAAUAAUGUCUUGAGGUUGCUCAGGAUUGGUUUACGUAGCUGCAGUGUGUAUAUAAAGAAGCUUUGAAAUAGUCUGCUUUCUGCCGUGUGCGUUUUUGAAGAUGAAACCAGCAGCAGAAUCCGUCUUUUUACCAUGUUUUCUGUUAAAGUGUUGCUUUAUCCAGCAUGAAGCGGUAAACACAAAUUUGAUGCAGACAAAAGAAUGGCUGUACUGCAAUUCAACAAAUAUGAAAUAUAGCCAUUGUUCUAUGUUUGCUUUUACUUUUUUUGUAAGUUGACUAGGAUAUUUUUGAUACUUCAUUGAUCAGACUCUUGAAAGAAUGUAGUCUGAAUCACUGUGUGAAUUAAAAUGUGGAAAACUUAAUUA